GGGAAUCUUUUCAGAAGUUCUUGCUUCAACAGUGAUUGAACGGAACUUCUUCCCAUUCAGAUAUUCCACUCUGCGCUUUUAUUUUGCUUGUAUAAAUUUCUAUUUUUGUACAUUUUGAUAAAAAACAAAAAACCGAUAAACCCAGCCGAAAUGGAGACUUCUCAGAUCCGUCAGAACUUCCACCGCGACUGCGAGGCCGCCAUUAACAAGAUGAUCAACCUGGAGCUCUACGCCUCCUACACCUACACCUCCAUGGCCUUCUACUUUUCUCGGGAUGACGUCGCGCUCGAGGGUUUCGCGCAUUUCUUCAAAGAGAACAGUCACGAGGAGCGCGAGCACGCGGACAAGUUCAUGUCCUUUCAGAACAAGAGAGGAGGCCGCAUUUUCCUGCAGGAUGUCAAGAAACCGGAGCGUGAUGAGUGGGGCAGUGGACUGGAGGCCAUGCAGUGUGCUCUGCAGCUGGAGAAGACCGUGAACCAGGCUCUGCUGGACCUGCACAAACUCGCUUCUGAUAAAGGAGAUCCUCAUCUGUGUGACUUCCUGGAGUCCCACUAUCUGAACGAGCAGGUGGAGGCCAUAAAGAAACUGGGUGACCACAUCACCAACCUCACCAAGAUGGAUGCCGCCAACAACCGCAUGGCCGAGUACCUGUUCGAUAAGCACACCCUGGGAGGAAAGAGUUAAAUUAACUCUGUUGUGCAGUGUCCAUUAACAGAUACUAAUAAGAAAUGUGAUUUGUGUUCCUGUAGAAUUGAGUAAACUGUCAAAAUCAGAUUCCUCUGAACCUUGCUUCAAUGUUAAUCUCUACUGAUUCUGAUGAAUAAACAUUUUUGAGCUGGA